AUGAGCUCCUCUGGCGCGGAGAGUUCGGGAAAGAGCCUGCAGUGCCGAGUGGACCAUCUGCUGAGCGCCGUGGAGAGCGAGCUGCAGGCGGGCAGCGAGAAGGGGGACCCCACGGAGCGCGAGCUGCGCGUCGGCCUGGAGGAGAGCGAGCUGUGGCUGCGCUUCAAGGAGCUCACCAACGAGAUGAUCGUCACCAAGAACGGCCGGAGGAUGUUCCCGGUGCUGAAGGUGAACGUGUCCGGCUUGGACCCCAACGCUAUGUAUUCCUUCCUGCUGGACUUCGUGGCGGCCGACAACCACCGCUGGAAGUACGUGAACGGGGAGUGGGUGCCCGGGGGCAAGCCCGAGCCGCAGGCGCCCAGCUGCGUCUACAUCCACCCCGACUCGCCCAACUUCGGGGCGCACUGGAUGAAGGCGUCCGUCUCCUUCAGCAAAGUCAAACUCACCAACAAGCUCAACGGCGGGGGCCAGAUCAUGUUGAACUCCUUACAUAAAUAUGAACCCCGCAUUCACAUAGUGCGGGUUGGAGGGCCGCAGCGGAUGAUCACCAGCCAUUGCUUUCCCGAGACCCAGUUCAUAGCGGUGACAGCCUACCAGAACGAGGAGAUUACAGCUCUUAAAAUUAAAUACAAUCCAUUUGCAAAAGCUUUCCUUGAUGCAAAGGAAAGAAGCGAUCACAAAGAUUUGCCGGAAGAAUCCGGAGACAACCAGCAAGCUGGGUAUUCUCAAUCAGGGGGGUGGCUUAUUCCCAGCACCAGCCCGCUCUGUCCACCUGCCAGCCCCCAUCCUCAGUUUGGAGGCUCUCUACCCCUCUCCUCCCCGCAUGGCUGUGAAAGAUACCCCGCCCUGAGAAGCCACCGCUCAACCCCCUACCCCAGUCCCUAUGCUCAUCGGAACAACUCUCCAACCUAUUCUGACAGUUCAUCCGCAUGUUUGUCCAUGCUCCAAUCUCACGACAAUUGGUCCAGCCUCGGAAUGCCUGCCCAUCCCAGCAUGCUCCCCAUGAGCCAUAACCCGAAUCCACCUACUGGUUCUAGUCAGUACCCGAACCUGUGGCCCGUGAGUAAUGGCACCAUCACACCUGGCUCCCAGACGCCGGGGAUGUCCAAUGGGCUGGGAACCCAGUUCUUCCGUGGCUCCACGGCACACUAUGCACCCCUCACCCACACCGUCCCGGCUUCCUCCUCCUCGGGGUCCCCGCUGUACGAAGGGGGUGCCACGGCCACAGACAUUCCCGACAGCCAGUACGAUGCCUCGGCGCAAGCCCGCCUCAUAGCCUCAUGGACACCUGUGUCGCCACCUUCCAUGUGAAUCACGGCCCUUUUCCUAGAAGAUGCACUGACUGUUCUGCGGUGACAACCAAGUAUUGAGUUCAUUGAUCUGCUAGUAAGGCACAAAAUGGCAGUCUCAAGGGGCAAGGGAAGGGAAUAAAGGUUUUAACUUCAUCUUCAGUAAGAGGAGGAACGCAUAUCUGUGUAUCAAACCCAACCCAACCCACCAUCACCCAUUUUCCCAUCAGCCAUACAGUUUAGUCCUCAAUUGUUAGAUGCUACAGGUGAAUUUAAAUUUGAAAACUUUAUUCACUAUUAUUCAUAAUACAACAAAUUGUUUGCUGGGGUCCAGAAACUUAAUUAUUGCUUCAUACAGCAUGUAGAUGACUUUGGAACGCUACAAUUUAUAAACUCGCCCUCCUUUAGUGAGAUAAAAAGCAUACUUUGAAUUCUCUUCCUUGCUACUUUGGAGUAGUUUAAUUGUCCCUUUUGUGACAAUUACCGUAGUUAGAGGUGAGCUGUUAUGGACAGAAAAAUCUGAGGGCAACAGAUUUUAGUUGAAAAUUUGCUCUGUCUACUAGAAAGUGUGUUGCUCUGAGCACAUGUAGUUUUUUUUUUCUUAUUAAAUCUAGAACUGCUCAGAUUUUUCUUCUGACAAAAGUAGCCAAAGACAAUCAGCAGAAAGCAUUUUCUGCAAAAUAAAGGCAAUAAGCAAAAUUUGACUGGUGUAGUAAUUAUUGAAAUCCAUUCUCUUUUUGGUUGAAUUUUUGCUGCCUGAUUAUGACGAGUGGCAGAGAACUUGCAUUUUAAUCUGUUAAUGAAAUUUAAAGUAUCUGACAAGUUGUGGAACUAAAAGUGAAAUUACAUAUAUUUACUUGGUGUCAAAUGCUGCAAAAUGCAAAUGAUUUUAAAUAACUUUCAAGAGAUUUAAAUAUGCAACACUGGAUCAUGGAUGAAGGCUGGAAAGACAUAAUGUAGAUGCAGCAAAGAUUAAUAUGAAUGUCCACUUUAUUUGAGCAAAAGGAGGUAAGAUGAGUUGGCAAAAAAUUUAUAGUUUACAGAUGUCAAGUGUAGUUGCCAUAGUAAUUUGUUCAAGGUGAUGUUUGUAAAUCUCUUGGUGCUUUUUCCCAGCAGGGGACCUGCAUUUGUGCUGUAUUAGGGCAAUUUCUCCCCCUAGUGGUGGAGUCCUUAACAUCGGUCCUACUUGUUUGAACUUGACAUCCCCAAUCUCUCCAUUCUGAAAGUGCAGAUUGCCAAGAAAUUAGAGCUCAGUGAGGCAGGAUUGUCAGAGUGUAUUAAGCAAUAUUUGUAGCAACAAGGACACUAAAUAUAAGUGAAGUAAGGCUGUGGGAGGCUUUGAAACUUCUACUAGGCUUAGAAAAAGUUUUUUUUUAAUUCUAAAUUGGCAUGCUGAAAGCUCUGUCCUCUUUUAAGACAGACUCCACUUAAUUUUUCUAGCACAUAAAGUAAAUCUUUUGACAUAAUGGCCUUUUAAACCCUGGAUUUAAGUAUACAUAAUUAGAUUUUUAGCGGAAUUUGUGCCUAUCUUGUAAGUGGGAUAUGUUUGUUGUAAACUAUUAACCAUUUAAGAUACCUUUUUUUUCCCUGCUACUACUACAUCCAUGUAGAAAUACUGCAUAUCAGGAGGUUUUGCAAAUGUUUCAGAAAAAUUUUUUUUCAGUAAACCCACCGCCUUAAGUACAAUCGGGAAAUAAAACUGGCCCCAGUUGUCAAGGCUAUGGUUCCUGAUGAAAGCAGAAUAGGAUUGUGGGAAAUUCGGGAGAAGGAGUGUGGACACUGGGGAAUGCUGGAGAAGAGUUAAGGGGGACAUUAGGGAAGGAAAGUGGUGGGUGGACAGAUGUCACCCUGUGAUCCCCUAGCACUUGGGGUUUCUCUCCACAUGUUCACCUCUCUGGGAACUCUUGUCCACACCUGUGAUGGUCAGAGCCAUGGUUUUGAUGCAUUCCUGGGAUUGAUCAGUGCCACCCCUUAGCAGUCCUGCAAUAUUGGUUCAUAAAUGAGAAUGGAACCUGAAACUCAGACACCGGAUUAUGGAGGAACUGUUCAAUAGGGAGCCAGUGAGCCUGCCAUUGCUGGGUGCUGUGGGGAAGCCGAGUCACACGGCCCUUCCUUGAGGGUGUGGUUGUAAUCAGCUUAAAAAUCGAAUCUAUAGCUAAUAAAAUGAAAAGAUAAUAUAAGAUUAUAGAUUCAAACCCCAGAUUAUCUUCUGUGUUACUAAAUUAGAAAAUUGUGGUGCUCCUUAUUUUGUAAAUAUGCUCAGAAACCCAAGAGUGGUUUGUUACUAAAUUUCUUUCUCCCUAGCCACCAAGGCUAUAAUUUUGAGAAUAAAAGCUUAUGUUUUGCAUGGUUAAA